GCUCAGCUGUCAGACUCUUCUUCCGGGUUUGAUUCACUCGCCUCCACGUGUGUAACACCUUAAUGCAGAAAUGUCAACAGACCCUGUGAUCCAGCUCGGGGAUGAGGAUGAGGAGUUCAUGGUCUUCACGGCUCUGCACGCUGGAGCUCUGCAGUCCUCAGGAAUCCCUCAGAUCUACUGGAGGAGCCUGCAUCACAAAAUCACCAACGAGGUUUAUGAUGCCGGGGAAGUUUUCGGCAUCAUGCGGGUCCAGGAAGAGGAAGAGGAGGUAAAUGGAAACAAUGAGGAGGAAGAUGAGGAGAAGAAGAAGGGCAAUCCUGGAGCAGAGAUCCGCUGUAAGGUGGUGGUGACACGAGAGAGCGGGCUGCAGGUGUCAGAGCCGACCAGUGUUUACCUGGUGGAUCACGCCUGGACGUAUCGCGUCGAGGGCGCCCGUCAGCAGCUGGAGGAGAUCCCCGGCCUGCUGUCCAGGAUGGCUUCCCUCAUGGGGUUGGACUUCCACGGCGAGGCCCCCGACCCAGACACGGUGGAGCUGGUGAUGGAGCGCAUGUGGAAGUACAACCAGACAUACAACAUCUCCCAGGGGUCUGCAGAGCAGAAAGUCCCCGUGUGGUACAUCAUGGACGAGUUCGGCUCUCAGGUGCAGCACUCGGACCGGCCCACCUGCAGCCUUGCUCCCUUCUUCUACAUUCAGGGUCAGCUGGCGUACUCGGUGCUGUGGCCUCUGCAGGACCUGCAGGAGGGAGACGAGGUGAGUCGUGAUUACGCAUACGGAGAGACGAGCUCUCUGGUGAGGCGAUGCCGUCUGUUACCUUGGACCUCAGCGGAUAUAGAAGACAUCAGCGAUGCCACGACAGAGCCGCCGGACUCGUACUACGAGAACAUUUUAAAGGAGAACAAGGAAAAGCUUCCUGCAGAAAUCCAGCCCAUCAGAGUCCCUGAAGACAAAGUCCUGAAGGUUUACUCUGAAAUGUCUCAGGUCACAAACAACCUGACGCUCCCACGCUUCCAGCUGACGGAGGACGAGGAGGAGGCUGAUAUCAUGUGGAGCUACAAUCACUUCAAAGACUUCAGGAAGCUGAGCGAGGAGCGACCCCACGUGAUGCUGAACCAGUUCCCCUGUGAGAACAUCGUCACCGUGAAGGACUGUUUGUCUGCCGUGGCACGAAGACUGAAAGGAGGCCCGUCUCCUGAUUGGCUCCCCGAGACUUUUAACCUGCACACAGAGCUGCCACAGUUCAUCAAGCACUACCAGCUCAGACAGCAGAGAGGAGAGGAUAACCACUGGAUCUGUAAACCCUGGAACUUAGCCCGAGGACUGGACACACACAUUACAAACAACUUGGACUACAUCAUCAGACAAAGAGAGAGCACGCCGAAGGUGGUGUGUAAGUACCUGGAGGACCCGGUGCUGUUCCACAGGGAGGAGUUGGGAAUGGUGAAAUUUGAUAUCCGCUACAUGCUGAUGGUUCGCUCCUUGAAGCCUCUGAAACUCUACACCUACAACGUCUUCUGGCUGCGGUUUGCCAACAGACCUUUCUCCUUGGACCAUUUUGAUGAUUACCAAAAACACUUCACUGUCAUGAACUACGCUGCAGGUUUGGAGCUCAAACAGGUGCACUACGAUGAGUUCAUCCCCAUGUUUGAGAAGCAGUACCCACUGUAUCCCUGGAAGGAGGUGGAGGCGGAGCUGUUUAAAGCCUUUAAGGAGCUCUUCCAGGUGGCCUCGUCACGACCUGCUCCAUAUGGUAUCUGCCCCUACCCCUCAUCCCGGGCCAUCUAUGCUGUGGACCUCAUGCUGAAGUGGAGCACAGGGCCAAACGGUGAGCGGGUCAUGCAGCCUCAGAUCCUGGAGUUGAACUUCAGCCCAGACUGCGCCCGGGCCUGUCUCUACCACCCCUCCUUCUACAAUGACAUGUUCCAGACGCUGUUCCUGGAUCAGCCCGAGCACUGCCCGGUCACACAGAUCAUAUGAACAACUCUUUUCAUACAUUGUUCAAUCUCUUUCUGUAUCACUCUGUGUUCCCUCUGCUUUUUUUUAUUGUGAUGAUUACAAAACAAACAAACACUGCUGUACAGGCGAAAGCAAUAAAACUUGUUGGACGGACCGGAUAAAA